AGUCGACCAAAGACAAAUUAAAAGGAAGAAAAUAUAACGAUACUACGCCAGAUGUUUUACCUUCGGCCAAGGGAGAUUUAGAAUACAUUGUACCAAUGAAAAUUAGCCAAAAUCAAUACGAAGAUCCACCCGAUCCAUCUACAACAUCAAAAAGACAUCACAGUGGACAUUUUCGACAUUCUACAGCAAGAGUAUGGGAUCCACAUCCACAAUACGAAUUUACAGCUUUUGGAAAAUUCUUUCGUUUGAGGCUUGCUCACGAUUCAAGUUUUAUAUCACCGGAUAUAAAGGUAACACAUAUAAGUGCAAACACAAGUAGAAAAGUGCAUCCUGGUCAUCAGUUGGAUUGUUUCUAUAGUGGAUACAUCGAUGGGGAUCCUAAUUCUAUAGUCACCGUUAAUCUUUGUCAUGGAAUGACGGGCCACAUGAGAACUUCCAGCGGAAGUUACUUCAUUAAACCUACCGAGCAUUGGCGCGACAACGAGAAAGACUCAAUAAUGGCAUCCUCAUUGCAACAUGCUAUCUACCGGGUGCCUCCUGUCACCGAGUCAACAUCAUCCAACGACAUUGACGAGGAUCCUCCUGUUGGUGUUCGUAACUGUGCUGUCAUUGAUUACAAUACAGAUGAGGAGGCACCAAUUUUAUUAAGGGACGACAAUUCAGGAGAAAAGAUUUACGUUGGUGAUCGUCCAAGAGAACGUAGAUCGUUAACGGUGAAAACGUCGAUGGAUUAUUUUAAAGAGGAUUACGAUGGUGAUGGUGGUGGUGGUGGUGGUGAUGGUGUUAGUAGGAGUAGGAAGAUCAGGAGAGAGGAAAAUUACGCGGAAGAGGAAUUCACGCAAUUCGUCGGUCACAGGGAACAUCGUAAUUCUCUUCGGGACAGCCGGUAUUACUCCGUCGAGCGCAGACGAAAUUAUCCUAAGGAGGGAUAUCUCCAGGACUCGGAAAUGGAAUCUGAUCCUUUCGUGGCUUGGAGACCGCAACGUGCAUUACCGCGAGAAUAUUUUAUCGAGAUUAUGGUAGUAGCGGAUGAGAAGAUGGCCGAGUAUCACGGCGAGAAUCUGGAUAGUUACAUUUUAGUAUUGAUGAGCACGGUUUCCCGAAUUUACAAGGACCGAUCAAUUGGAAAUCCUGUUAGCAUAUUCGUAACAAAAAUUGUACACGCUGACAAAGUGUUUGGAAAAAGUUAUGACGAUAAUUAUGAGGUAACUGCUAUAGACAUGUUGAAUCAAUUUUGUCGUUGGCAAAAAAUUAACAAUCCCGAUGAACCAUCACCAGAACAUCACGAUGUGGCAUUACUUCUUACCAGACAUAACCUGUGCCUUAAUCCUGGAGGAAUACGUUGCGAUACACUUGGUCUUGCCGAAUUAGGCAAAAUGUGUUCCCCAGAUGCGUCCUGUGCAAUCGUACAAGACAAUGGUUUGGCUGCAGCGUUCACUAUAGCUCACGAAAUCGGUCAUGUUUUAAACAUGCCGCACGAUGACGAUUCCAAAUGCGACGAAUUUCGUAAUCAUUCGAGAAUACACAAAGUCAUGUUCAGGAUGCUGGACGAUGAAACCUUUCCUUGGGAAUGGUCUAGAUGUUCACGUCAUUACGUUACAGAAUUUCUCGAAACAGAUCGUGCCAACUGUCUAUUGGAUGAACCCAGCAAGAGUAUACAAAAACCAGACGCAGCACGACUACCGGGAAUUGAUUAUUCACAAAACAAACAAUGCGAAUUGGUAUUCGGUCUAGGAUCGAAGAUUUGCCAUGACAUGUCAGUGUGCAGGACACUAUGGUGUACCGUUCCAAUGUGGGACGACCUGUGUCACACAGAACACACACCCUGGGCAGAUGGUACAAGCUGUGGUAGAGGAAAAUGGUGUCAACGUGGUGAAUGCGUAUCGAAAAUGGAUUUAAAUCCUGUUGACGGAGAAUGGGGUCCAUGGGGUCCUUACGGGGAAUGUUCACGCACCUGUAGCGGUGGAAUUAAGAAAAGAUAUCGGGAAUGUGAUAAUCCACCACCACAAAAUGGUGGAAAUUAUUGCGUGGGUGAACAAGUCAAUUACGAAAGUUGUGGAACUAAGGAAUGUCCACCUGGUAGUCCAGAUUUUAGGGAACAACAGUGUCAGGAAUUCAACAACAACAAUCUUAACAUCCCUAAUCUAGCGAGGGAUGUAAUUUGGCACGCGAAAUACGCUCGGAUACAACCGGAAGAUCGUUGCAAAUUGUAUUGUCAAGUAGAGGGCAAUCAGUAUUACAUGCUUCGCGAUAAAGUGAUCGACGGUACGCCCUGCGGACCGGACACGUUUCAUCUCUGCGUGAACGGUCGUUGCAAACCCGCAGGAUGCGAUAACAUUUUAGAUUCGACAGCAGAACUCGACACAUGCGGGGUAUGCCGUGGUGACAAUUCAACAUGUCAGAGAAUAAAUGGUUCUUACAAUGUAACCGCAUACGGAUAUAACAGAGUUACCAAAAUACCUGCUGGAAGUAGCAACAUCGAUAUCAGACAACACGGCUGGUUUAAAUCCCAUUAUGAUGAUAAUUAUCUUGCUUUACGUCUCGGUGAACAUGGGGAGUAUAUACUAAAUGGAAAUUUCGUUAUAAUGCAUAAAAAGGUUGUAGUAUUUCCUGGUGUUACGAUUGAAUACAGUGGACCUAAAUCUAUCGUCGAAAGAUUGAAUAGUUCACGACCUAUUAGCACGGAUUUGAUUUUAGAAGUAUUAUCAGUUGAAAUGUUGCAUCCACCGCAGAUAACAUAUGAGUAUACCGUACCGAAAAAAAUAUUAAACAGUUACAAAUGGAUAUUGCGCGAAUGGUCACAAUGCAGUCGUAUGUGCCAAGGUACAAAAUAUCGUAAAGCUGAAUGUAGAAGUACCGAAAACGAGGACGUCGUAACUGACGAUUAUUGUCGUGCUGUUGAUAAUGGAAUAAAACCAAGAGAAGAAAGUCAAAUGUGUAAUAGUCAUUGUAUGUUACAAUGGCAAAUAACAUCAGAAUCAGAAUGUUCAAGUCAUUGCGGUCUAGGAACUCGCAUAGUUACAACUAGAUGCGAACAAAUUUUCUUGUAUUCCAAUCAUCCAGUACGUUCAUUACCUGACCAUUUGUGUUCUCAUUUGAAAAGACCUAACGAAUUGGAACCAUGUAAAGGUCCAUGUAAUGAUGUUCAUUGGAAAUAUAGCGAAUGGGGAGCAUGUAGUGUAACAUGUGGAGGUGGUAUUCAAUAUAGAAUGGCAACAUGUGUUGAUUCGAAUGAUAUACAAGUAUUAAACGAAACUUGUGCCGGUCAAAAAAAGAGAUUGAAAAAUAUCUGCGGUCAAGAAGCUUGUCCCAAAUGGACAUUCGGUGAAUGGAGCAAAUGCUCGGUAAGCUGUGGCAUUGGAGAACGUCAUAGAUCUUAUUGGUGUCACGUGGAAAAUCGUAUUGUCCCUCAUAGCAAUUGCAAUGGCACUUUACAACAAUUUUCAAUUAAAGAAAUUUGCGAUGCUGGGCCUUGUUACUCUUGGCAAGUUGCCGAUUGGAAUCCGUGUUCAGUAACCUGUGGAGAAGGAAUUAAAACGAGAAAAGUUAUUUGUAAAGGUACGGAUGGUUCAAUCGAUGACAAAUGUUUACCAUCGAAUAAACCGGAAAAUUGGACUUCCUGCGUAUUAAAACCAUGUAUUACAGGGACAAAUCAAAUAAUAUAUUCUAAUAUACCACACGAAGAAUCCUAUCCUCAGGAUAACGAAAUAGAUAGCAAUGGUAUUAGUUUCCAUCCAGUUAAUAAAUGGAUCACUGGGUCAUUUGGAAAGUGUUCGCAACCAUGCAACGGUGGAUUCAAGACAAGAACAGUAAAAUGUAUUUCAAUGGAAACAAACAUGUACAUUAAUGAAAAUCUUUGCAAUCCUGAUGAAAGACCAGAUAAUACGAUUACUUGUAAUCGUCAUCUAUGUCCGAUUUGGAACACUGGAGAUUGGAGUGAGUGUAGCGUUAAAUGUGGUAAUGGAAUCCAACGUCGACAAGUACGAUGUCAAAGUCCACGAGGAGGGGUUUUAAACGAUAAAGAAUGUUCAAGUAAUAGGAGACCAAAACCUAAAGAUACCAAACAAUGUCAUCAAUCUUGUCGAACGACUAACAAUCAAGGCAAUCAGAAUAAUCAUCAUCCAAAAGUUAGCAUCAUUCGUAGAUGGAAAAAGUCCAGUUGGUCUGCUUGUUCGAAAACGUGCGGCAGUGGAAUAAGAACACGAAGAAUAGAAUGCAUGAUGAGCAUAGGAAAGGAUGGAUUGGAAAGGUCAGUGAGCGAUGAACAAUGCACUAAACUAGCUGGCCUAAAAAAACCAAAAACUGAGAGACAAUGUCAACGUAAACCAUGCAAUUAUGGUUAUAUGUGGCAAGAGGGACCCUGGUCGGAGUGUUCGGCAGAAUGUGGGGAUGGUGUUAAACGACGUAAUAUAACAUGCCAUAAAGUUAAUCGUUACGGUUGGACUGAUCCAGAAAUAACUAAAGGUUGUUCAAUGAAUAAGAGACUUCAUACAGAAGAAACAUGUAAACUGCGUGAAUGUAAUGAUACAUAUAUUUGGAAAACUAGCGAUUGGAAAAAAUGCAGUCAACCGUGUGGCUUUAAAGGUAAACAAAUACGUAAAGUAUUUUGUGUCGACAGAAAUGGUAAUCCGGCAUCAAAAUGUCCAUUAAGUUUAAAACCUAAAUAUAAACGCAAUUGUAAUCAACGAAGAUGUCUUCCUCUCACCUGUAUUGAAGCAAAGAAACGUUUCUCGACUUCCAAGGAUGGAGAAUAUUCUUUAUUUAUUGGUGGAAAACUAAUGUCUAUUUAUUGCCACGAAAUGUCGACUUUCAAACCACGAGAAUAUUUAACAUUACCGGCUGGUGAUCGAGAUAAUUAUGCUGAAAUAUAUGAUAAGAGGCUACGAUAUCCAGAAACAUGUCCUUACGAUGGAGAAAGGAACGAUAGUUGUGAUUGUUUCACUCAUGGAAGAACAAUAUCAGGUGUAACAAUGUUCAAAAGAGUUCGUUUGGAUCCUAUCAAAUUAUAUAUUAUAGCUGACGAUUAUACAUUUUCUCGAACUAAAGGAUUAAAUCGAGUCGAAUUUGGUAAAGCAGGAGAUUGUUAUAGUACUCGUUAUUGUCCUCAAGGUCGUUUCAGCAUUAAUUUGAGUGGUACACAUUUAAGUUUGUCACGAGAAGUUUCUUGGACUAAUUCAACGUCUAGUAGUGUUCUCUCGAUCAAUAAAAUAAAUGAUCAACAAGUUAUUGGUAAAUGUGGCGGUGAUUGCGGAUUUUGUAUACCGAAGACAGGUUUGAAACUGGAUGUUUUACCACCUUAAUCGGUAAAAUAACACCGUUUGAUUCAGUUUCCAGGAAAAACUGGAGGGAUU